AUGGCGCCAAUCGACACCCCAGAGGCUGUGAAGCCCAAGAAGGAGAAGAAGAACAAGUCGGCCAAGAAGCGCGCCCGGGAGGAUGAGGCUGCCGCCGAGGAACGCAAACACAAGAAAUCCAAGAGCGUCGCUGCCACCAGCCCCGAACCCGAACAAGCAGCCGACACGACUGAGCCCCAAGUUAAAGACGAGAAGAAACAGAAGAAGAAGAAGAAGGACAAGACUGCCGUCGUGGAAGAUGCACCCGCUGUCGAGACCCCCGUAGUGGAGGACGCGGCGGCGCAAAGGAAGCGCGAGAAGAAAGAGAAGAAGCGCAAGCAGAAGCUCGAGGAGGCCAAUGGCAGUUCCAAUGCCGCACCGCCCACUACCGAAAACGACGCCCCGCAGGAAGAAGACAAGCCGCAAAGUGAGAAGAAGGACAAGAAGAAAAAGAAAGACAAGAAGCACGCCGAGCCUGUAGUCGAGCAGCAGCAGCAGCAGCCAGAAGCUGCCGACCCCGACCCCAUGGAAGUCGACAGCGACCCCAAGCCAGCUCCCAAGUCCAACAAGAUCCACCAACCGUCCGACAUCCCCUCGAAUCCGCAGUUCCCCUUCUACAAGCAGACCGUCUCCCUCUACGAACCCAUCUUCCCCAACGGCUGGGCCAAGCCGAUCACAGGCUGCGAGUCGCAGCACCUCCGGCACCUGCGCAACCGGUACGUGCCCUCGCUCCGUGGCGUCCUGCUCGACUACGAGAACAUCACGCUGGGCGAGGUGCCCGGACGCAAGGGGGCGGCGCACGACGACGAGUCGCCCACACUGCUCACCUCCAAGGCCGAGUUUGGCGGCGCGUUCGGCUGGAUGACGGCCGACGUCGAGCUCUUUGUGCCGAGCCGCGGUGCCUGGAUGGAGGGCAGCGUCAACCUGCAGACCGAGGGCCACAUUGGCGUCGUGUGCUUUGGCAAGUUCAACGCGUCCAUCGAGGCGCGCCGUCUGCCCCCGUCGUGGAAAUGGGUCUCGGACGAGGACAAUGGCGGCGUCUUUGACGAGACGGCGUCCGUCGUCACCGGCGCGGUGCCCGACGAGCACGGCGUCGUCCGCCAGAUCCACAGCACGGGCUACUGGGUCGACGAGGCGGGCGACAAGGUCGCGGGCAAGACGCGCUUCCGCAUACGCAACUUUGACGUCGGCAUCAGCGGCGACUCGACCUACCUCAGUCUGCAGGGCACCAUGCUCGACCGCGACAGCGAGAAGAAGCUCGUCGCGGCCGAGGCCAAGGACGCCAAGGAGCGCCGGGCGCGGCGCGGCGGCGGCGGCAAGCAGCUCAAGCGGACGGUGCCCGACUUUAGCAUGACCAAGUUUGACUACGUCGAGGAGGAGGGCCAGGACCAGCAGCAGGCGCACGACGUGCAGCAGGCGCUGGAGCUGCCAGAGGGGGCCGACGGGGGCGACCUGGCCACCGAGACGGAAUGA